AUGCCAAAUGUCAUCGCAUUGCAAGUCGGACAGUGCGGAAAUCAGCUUGGUCAAGCCUUCUUGGCUGAGCUUUGUCAACGCCACGGCAUUGGGCCAGAUGGAGUGGCCGAGGAAAAAGAAUUGGAUCGUCGUGAUAUGAAAGACGUCUUUUUCUAUGAAGUAAGCGGAUUUUCUAUUAUUUUUCUGAGUUUAGAACAAGAUCUGGAGGAUUUUCAAGAUGCUACGCAACUCUUUAUAAAGGUUUUAGUUGCUGCCAAUUCUUUUUUUGCUUCCUUCUGCAUGUUUUUCCUUUUUUUAUUCGAAAAAUUUCAGAGCGACGCGAAAAAAUACAUUUAUCGUUGCGUGUUGGCCGACUUGGAGCCUCGAGUGCUAACGAAGGUCCAAAACAGCGAAUAUGGAUCGGUCUAUAACUCGGAGAAUGUGUACACGGCGAGCCAAGGCGGAGGCGCCGGAAAUGCGUGGGCCAGCGGCUAUGGCCAAGGAAGAGAAGCGAUGGAAGCGGUCAUGGAAAUCAUCCAGAAGGAAGCCGAGGCCUCGGAUUGGCUGGAAUGCUUCAUGCUGACCCACUCGGUCAGCGGUGGAACUGGCUCAGGAAUGGGAUCCAAGUUGUUAGAAUCAGUGAGGGAUUGGUAAGAAGCUUUGUGGAAAAUGGAUUUUUCUGAAAAUUUUUUUGAUGUUAUUUGUGUUUGUUAUGCUCUAAAUUAAUGGUGAAUUAAGCGAGCUUCAUCAAAAGAAGUUAAAAUAAGGAAUUAUCGGCUAAAAAAAGGUAAUUUUUGGCCAAAAUCCCGAUAAUUCUGGUUUCAAACCCUUCUAAUUUCACAAGAAAAAUACUUCUAUAAGAUAUGGAGUUACAGGUCGAGACAUAGAUAAAAAAAUCGCAAAAUUUUUCUGAUUCAGAAUAUUUAAAAUUUAGCUGCCUAAUUUUGGUUUGUAAGGGUGAAAAAACCCCUGUACACCUUAAUUAGUAGUUCCAAUAUAAAACAGGGGCAUUUGCAUGGUGUUCCGAGAAAAGUUCUGAGGGCUUUUUUUCACCCUUACCAACCAAAGUUAGGCAGCUAACUUUUAAAUAUUCUGAAUCAGAAAAAUUUUGCGAUUUUUUUGUUGCAUGUCUUGACCUGUAACUUCAUACCCCAUUGAAGUACUUUCUUUGUUAAAUUAGAAAGGUUUGAAACAAGAAUUAUCGGGAUUUUUGGCCAAAAAUUACCUUUUUUAGCCGAUCAUCCCUUAUUUUAGCUUCUUUUGAUGGAACAUUGAAAAUAUUUAUUUUUUUAGUUUUUAAAGAUACUUUUGACAUAAUCUAACACUAGAAGUGAUUGAGACUAUUUUGCGUUCGAUUCCCCACCAAAAAUUCCGUUUUCAGCUAUCCGAAAAAACUUCUCCAAGCCUACUCCGUCUUCCCGGUGAAGGGUGAAUCGAACGUGGUCGUAGAGCCCUACAACGCCGUCCUCACCACCUGCCGGCUGGCCGAAUACGCGGAUUUGGUCAUGGUUGUGGACAACAAGGCACUGAACCAGGUGGCGGUGGGCAGCGGCAUGGAACAGGCCUCCUUCGAAACGAUGAACAACAUGGUCGCGCAGAUGAUGGGACUCGCGACGGCACCGCAACGCUUCGGCUCAACGUCCUGCCCAACCUUCCUACAACAGGUGUCGGAGCUCAGCCCCUUCGGCGCAAUGCAUUUUAUUGGAACUGGUAGGGUUUUGGACAUUUUUUUUAAUUGAUUUAUGUUGUAGUAGGUGAGAAUUUCAAAAAAUUUGGAAAGUAUGUUUUUUUUUGGUUUAAAUUUGUAAUUUCAGCUCUUUUCCCCUUCAAUAUCCCUGGACGACCCGUGAUUGCCCCGAAAACGACCAGUUCGGACACGCUGAGACGUCUUCUCCAACCGAAAUCACUUAUGAUUUCGGCGUUGAGCCAAGGUCCCGAAUAUAUGAUCUCGGGACAAGCCAUCUUUGAAGGCCCAAAAGAAGAUAUCGAUGUUUUUAGACUCAAGAUGGAUAUUAGAAGCAAAUACAGAGAUUUGUGAGUAUUUUCGGCAAGCCGGGUUAUUGUUUUAUAUGGUUUUAAGGGAAAUUUUAAAUAUUUUUUGUUUAGUUUUUUAUAUAAAAAUUUAGAAAAUGACGGACCCGAUUCAGUGGAAAAAACGUAUCAUUUUGCAUCCAGGAAGCAUCAAAAAUGUGGCAAAAUGCUUCCCUCUGCAAGUGAAAAAGCUUCGUUUUGAAGGGCUCUUUUUGUGAAGGAAAUUUCAAAAUGAAGUUUUUUCACUUGCAGAGGGAAGCAUUUUGCGACAUUUUGGACACCUCCCGGAUUCAAAAUGGUACUUUUUUGCCACCGGAUCGUGUCCGUCACUGUAGUUUUUUUAUAUAAUGUAUGCAUUCUUUGCUUUCAGAUUCCCGUCAUGGCAUGGUAUUGGCAUCCGCUGUCUGUACGCCCCUCCUUCUCCAUACCUCAAGCGAAAUCAUCGGGUCUCAGGCCUCCUUCUGGCCAACCACACCCGUUUCCUUAAUAUCCUCGACGAAAUGGCCGAUGGCUACGACAGACUGUACGCGAAGAAUGCGUACAUCACGCAGUACGAGAAGGAGUACGGCAUCGACUUUAUAAACGAAAUGGGAGAGUCCCGCAGCAAGAUCGAAACUCUUCGCGAGCUGUACAGAGAAGUGGCCGACGGCACCUUCAUGACCCCAAAACCGGUGAAAAGAGAGGGCUCCAGCAUGCAGAGCAGCGCUGAGAAUGUCAACGUUUCGUGA